AUUCAAAAGAAAGCCACAAAUGUACAACUUUUGUCGGGCUUCGCUUUUACACAGUGGAUUUUACGGAGCCAUGGAGCCGUUCACUAUCCUCGCUCUGUCUCUAGUCUUCCUCCUCACUCUCUACAUUCUCCUCUCAUGGUCCAAACAGCAUGGAAACCCCUCACUGCCCCCCGGGCCCACCCCAAUCCCUCUGCUGGGGACCCCCAAGUACAUGGACCUAAGAGCCGCCACCAAGAACUUCCAACAGCUCAGCCAGAAAUACGGCUCAAUAUUCACCAUCUGGAAAACGUCCGACCCUGUGAUCGUUCUGUGCGGUUAUGACACGGUGAAGGACGCCCUGAUAAAUCACGCCGAGGAGUUCAGCGCACGCCCCAUAAUUCCCACGCUGUACGUCUCCACCAAGGGAUACGGGAUAAAUGGACCACGAUGGCGCUCAAUCCGCCGCUUCACAAUGACCUCUCUAAGGAAUUUUGGGAUGGGGAAGAAGACCAUGGAGACGAGGGUAUUGGAGGAGUCCAAGUAUCUCAUCCAGGCUGUAUCGCAGACAGGAGGGAAACCUUUCGAGCCUUCCAUGUUCAUGGCCAGUGCUGUAGGGAACAUCGUCAGUUCGGUGCUGUUCGGGGAGCACUUUGAUUACCAGGACAAGAAGCUGCAGGAACUUCUCCUGUCCACAUCCAGACAUAUCCGAGGGAUAACAUCUCCACUAAGCACGCUCUGCAAUGUUGUCCCAAUUCUUCUGAAGAUUCCGUUCAUCAGGAAUAAAGCCUUUAAAGAAAGUGAUUACCUCCAGGCGUUUGUGACAAAGUAUAUGAAACAUCACAAAGAAACCUUCAAUCCAGAGUCACCGCGGGAUUUCAUAGACUAUUUCCUGCUGAAGAUAAAGGAGGUGGAACACGAGAUGGAUCCAGAUUUCUGUGACACCAGUCUCCUCAUGAUGGUUGUGGGACUCUUAGCAGCGGGAACUGAGACAACAGCAUCCACCCUAAAAUUCUGCCUGAUGCUAAUGGCCCAUUAUCCAGAUGUGCAAGAUAAGGUUCAGCAGGAGAUAUAUGAGGUGACCAAUGGUUUCCGUCCCCCUGAGAUUAUGGAUAAGCCCCAGUUGCCGUAUACCAACGCCGUCAUCCACGAAAUACAGAGAGUCCUUGAUUUGGCGCCAACUGCACUUUUCCACGCGGUGACUGAAGACAUCAGGUUCAGAGGUUACAAUAUUCCAAAGGGAACGACCAUAAUCCCCUUUAUCUCAUCCGUCCUGACCGACCCCUCUCAGUGGGAGACCCCAGAAGUAUUCAACCCCGGGCAUUUCCUGAAUGAGGAGGGGCAGUUCCGCACCAGGCUGGCCUUCAUGCCUUUCUCAGCAGGGAAGCGAGUUUGUCUUGGAGAGAACCUGGCCCGCAUGGAACUCUUCCUGCUCUUCUCCGCUUUGCUCCAGAAAUUCACAUUUACCCUUCCCCCGGGGACAAAGCGACGGGACUCAAAAUAUCUGAACCUGAACAAGACGGAAAUCAUCGCAUCAGAGGAGAUCUGCGCUGUGCCUCGCGUCUUGUCAAAGUGAGCGCCCUCAGCAUCCAUGAAGGAAAUGAGAAAAGUUAUUAUCCCAGGAAAUGUGGCAAAAUAAACAUAUAAAAGAAGUAAUAUUUGGUAAAAAGUGAUGAUGGAUGACGAGGGCUGAGAUCAAAAUGACAUGACACACUGUGACGACACGAGCCCAUUCUGUUCUAUAUAUCAAAGCCCUUCUGGGGGUGGACUGAGUGAUUCCACAUCUGGGUGCAAACUGGACUACAGUGGGGUCCAGUAUGACAUAUAAGAUAUAGUACACAGAAUUUUUCUAUAAUUCAAACUAUUACUAUGGUAUAAACCUACGUUUCUACUUUGACAGGAAUUUCAGGUAUUUUGGAUUUCAUUUUCUUUAAAUUCACUGUAAAGCAACCAAACCAUCCAUGAAAUAACAAUUGUUCUAACUACUCUAUAUUGUAUCUUUCUUCGAUUACACCUCCCGGAAAUGCAUUUAUUAACAACUGGGUUACGCACUGGAAAGCUGUGAGCUCACCCACAGCUCCUUUCCCUGCCGAAUUGAUGAUCCACCCUAUUUGAUGGACCCCAAACUGGGCGACAGUCCCUACUCUGAACAAGUGUGGUGCAUAGUGAGGUCAAACAAAAAAACACAACAGUACUGGGUGACUCCGCAUCUGAAUGACAACCAUACUACAGUGGGGUCCAGUAUGAUAUAGAUGAUAACAUGAUACCAUUAUUACUAUGAUAUAAACCUACACUUUAACUUUGAGAGCAAUUUCAGGUAUUUUGGUUCUCAGAUUCUUUGAAUUUACUAUUAAGCAACAAAACUCUAUUUGUAGAUGACCCUCCGCCUUUUCUGACCUGUCUGUAUGAGGAAUAACAUGUAUUAUCCAUGAAAUAACAGGUCUGCAGAAAUUGUUCUUACAACUCUAUUUUUUUCUUUUUUUUAUCUCUCCUCAAUUACUCCUCGUCAAAAUGAUUUAACAAUUGAAUUAACAAAUUAAUUGUCAACUGGGUGUCACAUUAGAUAGCCCUAAGCUCCCCCAAACUCCCUUUCCCUGCCUACUUGAUGGAUCCGCCCUAUGCGACAGACUCACAACUGGGCGAUGGUAUCUACUUUGAACAAGUGCAAGGCGUAGUGAGAUAAAAGAUAAAACAAAAAAACACACAAGAUUUUAGAUCGGGGAGAAAGUCAGGACACAAAGGGUUAACCAAGGAACAGACGAGGUGACCGGCAACCAGACAAAUAAAACAGAAAGAGCAAGGUCAGAAAGGUCAAGUUAGAACCAGGUCAUACCAAAUCUCUAAGCAAAGGGGUAGUCAGGGCACAAGUCAUAGUCAGGAGUACAAAAAGACAGUAUACAAAUGCAGGUACAAGGAGCUUGUGCAGGGACUAUUGGUCCGUUGUCCACCCCUCCUGAUUGUCCCGGGCAUUGUAACGGCAACAAGUGAACACAGGAGCGGUUGGUGCUUCUUCCAGAACCAGAGGAAGACAGGGUGUUACUAUUCUCCUUGUCAAUAGGAUGUAUCCAUACUGUGUGUGACUCUCUAAGCGCUGACAGGGCACAAGGGAAACCACAAGGGGAAUCAUAACAUUCAGCUGUCAGAUCAACCAUGGAUUUCCAGGAGAAACAGUGAAGGAAUGGGCUUUAUUCCAACUUAUUACCAUUUUCUAGAUCAGUGUUUUCUAAACACUAGGAGUUAGAGACACACUGGCCAGAAUGGGUUCUCACCCUCUUGAAAUAAUGUUUUCCUUCAAUGGCAGCAAGAAGAGAUAUUGAAGGGUUUUUACUGUUAUAUACAGUGGUCCCUCAAGUUACAAUAUUAAUUGGUUCCAGGACGACCAUUGUAUGUUGAAACCAUUGUAUGUUGGGACCAUAACUCUAUGGAAGACUGAGAAUUGAAUCUGAAGCCCCAAAAUGUCAUCCAAAAUAGGAAAAAGUGAGGAUUAAAGAAAAAUAAGUAGAUAACUAAUACAGAUAAAGCAAAUCCUUACACAUAAAAGUAAGAAAGAUCUGCUGGAAACUGUAAUCACUGUCUAUGUGGAGGACAGGAGCUUCUUCAGGGUCCUGUACAAUACACAGUGUCCUAAAAAAAAGUAACAUGGAGCCGCCCUCACCUGGUGUCCACAGGAGCAGCUAAACCUGGUACAGGUAAAGAAUACAGAACAUGUAAUACCUCCCUGUACUGUAGGGGGUGCUACCAGACACCAGUCAGUGCAUACACUUCAGUAAUACAGGUAAAGAGGACAGAAC